AGUGGAUCUCGCGGAACGUGUUUCAGUGUGGGGAUUUCACUUCGCGUUUCGGGAUUCGUUUUCCAGCGGAAAUCUUAUCUGGAACUGCCCUAAAACGUUUCUAAACCGGAGCUCGAUGGCAACAGCAGCAGCCAGCAGCUGAAAGUGUCUGAAAGCAAAGCAAAGAAGCACAAAAGAAAAGAAAAAGCAAGAGACACAACACGGUGGACCAGCAGCCAGUCAGCGAAGACGACAGAGUGCAGAAAAAUUUCACUUUCUAUUUUUUAACUUUUAUUUUUUAUGACAUACUUGCGUGAACUAUUCGAAGGUUGAUGAAAGAGGCCGUAGUUCAGUGAAGGAUCGUAGUGUUCUUUUAGGCACCCGAAAAUUCCGGAAUCGGUUUCAGGAUCGGAACAUAGAGAAGUCAGUUUCCGAUAGCGCUGUGCAAGUGAAAGGCAAAGGAGUUGGGAAACUUUUUCAGUUCGGAAGAUAAAAGUGAAAACUGCACCUGAGUGAAGAAGGUUGCUGGGGUUGAUAUCGAGAUUUCGGAAGUGAGUGCGCAAAAUAAAAAUUAAGCAAUGCAGAUAUUUCACAGUGGCUCUGUACGAUGAUAAUGAUGACGUAGGCGACACGGGCAGUCAGAAUGUGUGCUGAAUUCUACCCACCAUCCCAUCGUCGUCGAAGCUAACAUGUUGAAUUGUUGUGGCAGUAAACCUGUUUUAGGGGUCGAUUGAAGAAGAGAUUUUUUUUGCUGCUGUUCGUCCCCCAUAUUGUAAGCGUGACAAAACCAUUGGCGAAUAUUGUGAAACGUUUGAAGGUCUGUCUCCGCGACGGGGGCGAGAGUCUCUAACCCAGGAAGUGAAUCCAAAGUAGACCGGGAACAAAUGGCUACAACCGAGGAGAAGAAGCCCAAGGAAAAGCAAGACGAUGGAGAGAAACGAGUCGGAUGUGCACACUACAAGCGACGUGCCAAGUUUGUGACACCAUGCUGCAACAAGUUCUACAUGUGUCGGUACUGCCAUGACGAAAAUGAAUCCCACUUUUUCAAUCGUAAAACGGUAACGGAGCUGAUCUGUACGGAGUGCAACACGAGACAACGGGUGCAAGCCGAGUGUGAACAAUGUGGAGUGCGAUUCGGACGGUAUACCUGCCUGGUGUGUAAUCUAUUCGAUGACGAGGAUCGGAAUCAGUAUCACUGUGAAGGCUGUGGAAUCUGCCGGGUCGGCGGAAGGGGACGAUUCUUCCACUGUAAGGUGUGCAACAUGUGCUUGCCAAUGCAGCUGCAGGUCGAUGGUCAUAGGUGCGUUGAGAACGUUUCCAGGUCAAACUGUCCUGUUUGUCUAGAUGAUAUCCACACCUCGCGUAUUCCCUGCCACAUCCCGGACUGUGGCCAUUUACUACAUCGAACGUGUUUCGAAGAAUUGCUAUCCUCCGGACACUAUGCCUGCCCGACGUGUCAGACGUCUAUGAUGGAUAUGAAUCAAUUGUGGGAAUAUCUCGACGCAGAAGUAGCUGCAACACCCAUGCCAAAGGAAUAUGAAAACUACAUUGUUGAUAUUCUCUGCAAGGAUUGUCAUAAGGAAUCGACCGUCAAAUUCCACGUAGUCGGACUGAAGUGCAGCCAAUGUGGCGCCUACAAUACUUGCCGGACAAAAACCAAAAGCAUUGACACGCCCGCAAAAUGCUCAAGCAAUAGUGAAGCACGAUCGAUGAACGGCGAAAGCAGUAGCGCCAGUUUGGCAGUGGCCAGUUCUUCUUCCUCCUCUCUUCUGACCGUAACUACAACUGCCUCGAAUGGCUCAAGCAGUAAUAGCAGCAGUAGCAGUAACAGCAGCAGCAGCAGAAGUAGCAGUAACAUCCACGGUGCCGUAUCGGCAUCUUCUGACUCGGAAAUGGCAUCGACUUCAGCUGCUUCCAGCAGUGCGGCUGUUGCCAGUUUGAGUUCCAUUGCAAGUAGCAAUUCCAACACCGAGGAACAACCUCCAAGCAACAAUAGUAACAAAAGUAGUGGCAACAGCAACGACAGCAAUCGAAAAGCCUAGGAAGGUUUGUUAAUUUAGUCGUCUAUGGGUAUCCAAUUGGUAGCUGACGGAUUGUCGUGAGUAGUAGUGUUUUUAUUUUCUGUUCUGCACUAGACAAUUUAAUUCAUAGGUAUAUUGCAUAGUUGGUAUUUGAGACAGGUUCAAGGCUCUUUGCAGAGGGUAUCAUGCAUUAGGUGUGUUUAUUCCAACUACUGUUGCAUACAGUAUGCAUCAGAAUACGGUUUGACAUUAUCGCGCAAAUUUGAACAUAUUGUGAAAGAAAUUUUUUUAGGUAUUGAAUUUUAAAUUUCGAUCGGUUACCAAUCCGAACAAAAUUGCACCUUUUUGUAUGGAUCAGUGUUAGCUUAUGAAAUCAGGAGGAUCGUAUUUUCAAGCGGAGCUAGACUCUACUUUCCUAUAGUUUGAUGUGUAACCGCCUAGCAUUGUACCUACGUGUGGUUAUAUUUUUUUAUACAGCGAUUUUUUUGUGGGUGUUGAUAUAUUUAUAUUUAAAAAAAAUACAGAUUUAUUUUUCCAUGAUUUAUUCAUCACGUUUUAUUUGUUUUUGUUUUGUUUUGUUUUGUUUUGAGUGGAAAAACCUUUUAUCGUGAAAUCGGUAAAGCUUAUUUUGUUUUAGAAACCAACCGCUACCACCAACCAUCAAUUCCAUAAAAUGCAUUAAACAUUGUGUUCGAUAUACCUUUCUUUCCACUUAGUUAUGUCUUUAUUAUAUGUGAUAAAGUAUUUUUAUAUCGUGUAAUAAUAUCAACGGAACCCUCCGGAAUUCGUGUAGGUUAUAGGAUUAGUAUGAAACAGUGAUAGAAUCUUUUGAGCGUAGAUUAUGAAGUUUUUCAAUUUGUCAAAGUCAUCGUAACUACUGGAAGAGUCUCAAAAGCAAAACUGGAAAAGUGGCGUACUUUUGAUACCAACUGAAAGCUGGAAAAGAUAAUGCAUAACAGUGAACAAAAAUGAAACAUCACCACUGGUGAUAGUCUACUUUAUAAGAAACGAAUCUUACACUCUUCAGCUCUUUUAACCAGCGGCUGAUUCUAAAUACAUAAAAAUACACACAGUAACAGCGUAGUCUUGCGUAGUUAGGUACAAUAAUUUUAAGUAGAGAAGCUGCUUAGUUUUGUGAAGAAAAUAUUCCAAAUCGACACAAGUGACACAAGUUUUUAUCGCAUCUAUGUAUUCCAAAACUAAGCGAUCGUGUAGAUUCUUAAAGGAAUCGCCAGCAGACGGCAGAUGGACAUUGUAAGGAGUAGUAGUGAAUUUAUGUUGUAACAUUAAAACGAAAAGAAAAAGAAAUAAUCAUCAGCAAUUUCGGUAUGCUCCAAUAAAGGCGUUAUAUGGAUAAUC